UUUCUUUUUACGGAAGCGAAUCGUGCCGUAAAGCAUUGUUGGUGGUUAAAGAAGAACACAUGGGCCAGAGCUACUGUAACGGCGCGUUAACAACUUAAAACGAUGGAAGCUAAACCAAAAAAACCCUUUUCGCCCAAAGGUGGAAAGAAGCUGACCCAUAAAGGAAAAGAUGCUUUAGGGGCCAAACUUGGUGGCAAACCAGGUGGUAAAAAACCCUUCAAAGCCUUCACCAACAAAGACAGGAAGAGAAGUGGGGAAGGCAAGAAGAGCAAUAAAUCAACUUUCUCCAAAGGUGGAACAGGGCUGAAAAAUAGAAAAGUGCCACAAAAUAGAAAGAAGUCAGAAGAAAGAGAUCCAAGUGAAGGUCCUGCAGCAAAAAAGAUGAAGAAAGGUGAGUUCAAAUCAAAGGAGGAGCUGAAGAAGAACAGACAGCAGCGGAAGAAGGACCUGAAGAAGAGCCGGCAGCAGGCGGAGCGGAAGGACAUGUUUCAGAUCAUCUGUCAGUCCAAACAAGUGUGGGGAACCCUCAGGAGGAAAAACUGCGACGGUGACUUAAAGAAGAAACUGUUGAAGGAGCUUCACGAUUUGAUCCGCGGUAAAAUCAAACAGAUGGCGUUUGCUCACGAUUCUGUUCGAGUCCUGCAGUGUUUCAUUCAGUUUGGCAACAACGACCAAAGACAAGAAGUGUUUGAAGAACUCAAAGAUGACAUCAUCAGUUUAUGUAAAUCGCAGUAUGGCAGACACGUAGUCAAAAAGCUGCUGAUGUACGGGAACAAGGAGCUGGUGGCAGCAGUGAUAAAAACCCUGAAAGGUCACGUCCGUCCAAUGCUUCGCCACGCCGCCGCCUCGGCCAUCAUUGAGUACGCCUACAACGACAAAGCAGUGCUCGCCCAGAGACUGAUGCUCACUGAGGAGCUGUACGGAAACACCUUCACCGUCUGCAGGUCGUCAGUGUGUAACACCAUCGAGAAAGUGCUGGAAGAAAAUCCCGACAAGCUGAACAACAUCAUUGACGAGAUGAAGCAGAUCCUCACACCCAUGGCUCAGAAAGAACAAGUCAUCAAACACUCGCUGGUCCACAAAGUCUUCCUCGAUUUCUUCACGUUUGCACCUGACAAACAGAGAACGGAAAUGAUUGAGUCGAUCAGAGAGGCGGUGGUCUACAUGGCUCACACGCACGACGGAGCGAGAGUGGCCAUGAACUGCCUGUGGCACGGAACUGCUAAGGACAGAAAAGUCAUCAUCAAAACAAUGAAGACCUACAUGGUGAAGUUUGCAACGGGGGAGUUCGGUCACCUCGUCCUCCUUGCCAUGUUCGACUGUGUGGACGACACCAAGCUGGUCAAACAAGCCGUGCUGUCGGAGAUUUUAUCAUCCCUGGAUGAGGUGAUCAGUAAUAAAUACGGUAAGAAGGUUCUGUUGUACCUGCUGAGCCCCAGAGACCCCGCCCACCUACUCCCCGAGAUCAUCAAGGUCCUGAAGCAAGGGGACGGAAACGCCCACAGUAAAAAGGAUGCAGCGAUUCGGAGGAAAGAGCUGCUGGAAGUCGUCUCCCCACCUCUGCUGGACUAUCUCCGUGACAACGCCACCACCAUGGUGAUGGACAAGGCGACAAGCGUUACAGUGAGCGACAUCCUGGCUUCAGCAUGCGGUGACCUGCGACCCGCCAUGACAGCUGUGGCUCAGCUGGCCAAUCAGGAGUUAGUGCCAGGCGGCGUCAAUGGAGAGCUUCACCCGGCCGAGCAUCCGGCGGGUCACCUGGUGCUGAAGUGGCUCAUAGAGCAGGAUGUCGCACUGGCUGAUGCUGGCAAGGAAGAAGGAUUUGGCAGAAUCCUGGUGGACACAGUGGGGACGGAUAAACUGAAGACCUGGAUCCGAGUAAACCGAGGUGCCAUAGUGCUCUGCAGCCUCCUGAGCAGCUGCGACGUGUCUGUGGCCGAGGACGUGAAGGCGACGCUGGCGUCCGUCAUCCCAGAGCUCAGCAGUGUUAGCAAUAAAGGAGCCGAAAUUCUGCUGGAGAAGCUCCGCCUCUCCCGACCACUCGCUUAAAGGCAGUAAAAGGGUCUGUGGAAAAGAAACCCUGCCAGAGCAAAAAGGACAAAGUGACGCUUGUCAGCAGUUUGACGAAUGUAUCGUACAGAGUUCAUAAAAAAAAAAAAAAAAAAAUUCCUUUGAAAUUUUCCAUGUUGAUUUCACCUGUGAGGGCAGAUUGGUGAACAUGCAUGAGUUCAGGUCCAGUGAACUUUGACCUGUGAGUUUGUGCUGACAGCCAGUCACAGUCCUAUAUUAGUGGACUGUGCCAGUCGAGUCCCAAUCCAGCUUGCUAAUCCAGUUUUACAAAGUCCUGUCCGUCAUUUGUCAACUGAAUAACUGAAGCUUGCCUUUAGAAUGUUACAGAUUCCUGUAUAAUAUUUUCUGAGGGUGCUUUGGUUGGGAUUAAGCUACUCGGAAAAUGCUGUAAUAUUUUCUUAAAUAUUUUCUGAUGCUCCGUUUUUACAGACUGACAGAAAAACAGAAAAUUUUUUACAAAAUAAAGAUGAUG